CAUAAACAUAUUGGUUCAGCAGUCAGUUGUGUUGGCAGAGGAUCAUUGUAUAUCAGCUUACAACAGGAAACUCAUCCUCUGAACUGCUUUGUGGACAAAAACUGGACUGGACUGGACACUCGAUUGUCAACAUUGACAAUGGCUUCCUCCCUUUGUAAAAGUUUUUUAAGAGCACAGGAAAUCAUCUCUGUUAUUCUGUAUGUCUUGGUCUGUAUAACAGUCACUAAAGGGACAACCCCAGACGAGAGUCUCUCUUUUGAUCCCUGCUUCAACUAUACUGUGCUGGACGAUUCACGGAGAGCCACCAGCAAUCAAUUAUCAUCAUACUACUACUACAACUACAUGUGUGACCAGUCAGUCACCUGGAGUGGCUGGUAUCGUCUCUUUAUUAACGGUCUGAGCGCUCAGAUUGCAGACACAUGUGUUGCUGAGUACAGCUGUGGCACUCAUAUCCCACUGUGGAUUCGAGGUGGACACCCAACAGUUCAAGAUGGAGUCGCCACUCGAGAUGUCUGUGGUCACUAUAACAAUUACUGCUGCUAUUACGGGUCUUACCCCAUUAAAGUCAAAGCCUGUCCAGGCAAUUAUUAUGUUUACGAGCUGGUUAGUCCAACUGUCUGCAAUUCAGCCUACUGUGCAGAUGAUCUCUCUGUUGAUCCCUGCUUCAACUACACUGUGCUGUACGAUCCACGGAGAGCCACCAGCAAUCAAUUAUCAUCAUACAACUACUACUACUACUACUACAACUACAUGUGUGACCAGUCAGUCACCUGGAGUGGCUGGUAUCGUCUCUUUAUUAACGGUCUGAGCGCUCACAUCCCAGACACAUGUGUUGCUGAGUACAGCUGUGGCACUCAUAUCCCACUGUGGAUUCGAGGUGGACACCCAACAGUUCAGGAUGGAGUCGUCACUCGAGAUGUCUGUGGUAACUGGAACAAUUACUGCUGCUAUUACGGGUCUUACCCCAUUAAAGUCAAAGCCUGUCCAGGCAAUUAUUAUGUCUAUGAGCUGGUUAGUCCAACUGUCUGCAAUUCAGCAUACUGUGCAGAUAUCGGCAGCAUUAACACCAGAUCUACAACUGUCACACCAGCAACCAUCUCAACUGAGAGUCUCUCUUCUGAUCCCUGCUUCAACUAUACUGUACUGGAUGAUCCACGGAGAGCCACCAGCAAUCAGUCAUCAUCAUACUACUACUACUACUACAACUACAUGUGUGACCAGUCAGUCACCUGGAGUGGCUGGUAUCGUCUCUUCAUUAACGGUCUGAGCGCUCAGAUCCCAGACACAUGUGUUGCUGAGUACAGCUGUGGCACUCAAAUCCCACUGUGGAUUCGAGGUGGACACCCAACAGUUCAAGAUGGAGUCGUCACUCGAGGUGUCUGCGGUCACUAUAACAAUUACUGCUGCUAUUUUGGGUCUUACCCCAUUAAAGUCAAAGCCUGUCCUGGCAAUUAUUAUGUCUAUGAGCUGGUUAGUCCAACUGUCUGCAGUUCAGCCUACUGUGCAGAUGAUCUCUCUGUUGAUCCCUGCUUCAACUACACUGUGCUGUAUGAUCCACGGAGAGCCACCAGCAAUCAAUUAUCAUCAUACAACUACUACUACUAUUACUACUACAACUACAUGUGUGACCAGUCAGUCACCUGGAGUGGCUGGUAUCGUCUCUUUAUUAACGGUCUGAGCGCUCGGAUCCCAGACUCAUGUGUUGCUGAGUACAGCUGUGGCACUCAAGUCCCACUGUGGAUUCGAGGUGGACACCCAACAGUUCAAGAUGGAGUCGUCACUCGAGAUGUCUGUGGUCACUAUAACAAUUACUGCUGCUAUUACGGGUCUUACCCCAUUAAAGUCAAAGCCUGUCCAGGCAAUUAUUAUGUUUAUGAGUUGGUUAGUCCAACUGUCUGCUAUUCAGCCUACUGUGCAGGUAAUUAUAUUUAA